GUAAUUAUAGGUUUUUAUUAAAAUACUGCGACGUGAUAAAGUUUUAUGAAAAAUUAAAGGAACGUAUUUCAUUUUUGCGCUGCUUGUCGAAGACUAUGGCUAAACGAAAAAUUUUAAAUAGACGUUCUUCCAGAAGCAGCAGAUAUACUGGUUCUGGUAUUUUAGAUCCUGAUACGGAUGUAAUAGAUAAUGAAUACCCAUGUUGGUGGAAAGAUUUGGAAAACAAUACAAUGGUACGACCAUCCAUUAAUUAUAGUAUGUUAAAUGAAACAAGUCGACAUUUGGAUUCUAGUUCAAGAAUAGAAACAAGUAAAAUAGUUAAUGAAUGGUGGAAAGGGUUGGAUCCUUCCAGUUCUUCAAUAGAUAGCGAGAAUCGCAUAGAAAAGGGUGCAUCUAAAUUUAGGGUAGUAACAUCAGAGUCAGAAGAAGAACUGCAGGUGAAGAAAAGAAAACUUCCUUUACGUUCGAAAGCAAAAACUCAUCAAAACAAUGCUUUCUUUAAUAUUUUGAAUGAUUUUGAGGAUUCAUCCAAAAAGAUAUCAAUACCAGAUACUAGAGAUGAAAAAAAUUUGACUAGUUCAGACUCGAGUAAUAAAAUGGUUAUCAACAAAGAACAGUUAACAAAUACAAAAGAUAGUAGGUCAAAUCAAAGCUCAAAUUUAAAUAAUAUAAUAAAAUCAAAGCCUAAAAUUUUUAAGAAAAAUUAUAAGAAUCAACGUAGAAGCGUCUUCGUCGAUGCAUUGCAAGAUAAAGAUUUCAUAGCUUCUCCACAAAGGGGAGCUUCCAUUAAUGGAUCUCAGAAGACGGAUCAAAAAAAUUCUAGCAACAUGAUAAGUCCCGAUAAUCAGUCAGAGUCAUCAGAUUUUGCAUCAUUUCUUAAUGGUGUGCAUGAUCUUUCUCAUCUUCCAGCACCAAAAGCACAGAGUACCACGGUUGAGGAUAGUAGUUCACACAACAGUACUAAGAGUAGCACCAGCGAUGCGGAAUACGAAAUAGUGAAACCUAAACCUAAAUUGCUAAGACACCCUACUAAAAGUAUAAGAAAAAAUGUUUCUGAGAGUACUUCUGUGAACGAAGAAACCGAUAAAAGAACAAAAACAGGCAAUUUAGAAAGUAUUGCAGAAAAUAGUGAAAAACCGAAAUUGUUGAAACGUCGUACUAGGAGUACAAAAAGAAAUGUUUUCGAGGAUAUAUUUGCAGCCGAAGAAAGCGAUAUACAAGCAGAAACAAGUAAAUUAACAAGCGCGGAAAGUGCCGAGAUUGCUAAGCAAUCCUCAAUAUUUUCGUCAAAUGAUUUAUCUAAAAGUUUUCGCAAAUUACAAAAGAACGUUGUAAACGAAGAUGAAAACAAUGAUACAGAAAAAGUUAUAACACCACGUUCAAAGAAGAAAAGAAAACCUGCUAUUUUAAGUGUAGAGAACAUUAAAGAAUCUAUCAAGGAUCGCUUAAGUGAGAAUAUCGCUACAACGAACGACAAUUCGGACGCUUUAUUAACACAAAAAGGACAUAAUUUAAGAAAGUUAACAGAUGUGGAUGCAAGUGCUCGAAAAGAACGUUUAAUUAGGCAAGGUAGUUCUAUGAAACGAAAAAAUGCUCUACAAAAAUCUAUACAGAAUCAAGAUAGUAUUAACGAUAAAAAUGAUGAAAAAACUUUAAAUGUAACUGGAGUUGACGAAAGUGCUUCAGAGGGUUCUAACGAUAAAGAAGUUUCAAAUGAAUUACAGAAUACCAAUAGAAAGCAUGACAAUAUAUCUCUGAGAAGAUCUGUUGUUGACGUUACAUCCAGCUUUAAUAGGAAAGAACACGAUAGUAAAAUGAAUCAUGGUAGAUCAUCGUCUAAAACUAGUAAAUCAAAGUCAUCGUUAUUUACGAGUGUAAAUACUUCGAAAAAUAAAACUAAAAAUGUAAGAGAUGAAAGUUUAAGUGACAUUAGCAACGAAAAAACCCUAAAUCAGUUGCAAUAUGUCGAUAAAAAGACAAACUCGGUUCACAGAAAAUCUGUUAACGUAUCGUCUCGUAAUAGAUUGUCGUCUAGAGCUAGUAAUUCAACGUCAUUUACGAGAAAAAUUGACAGUACAGAUAGAAACACUUUGAACGUCGAUGAUAAGACGGCAAAGGAUGUAAGAAACGAUGAUACUAGCGAUUCUAACAACGAAGAACUUAUAAGUAAAGUACCACGUUUGUCUCAUAGAAGAUCCGUCGCUAAUGUUUCAUCCAGUUCUAGCGAGAUAGGAUAUCGCAAUAGAGUAUCAUCCAGAACCAGAGCUAGUACUUUAGCGUCGUUCCAAACGAUUGGAGACACGCACACAAAUAGCGCGAACGUCGACGAUAAAAAUGUAAGGGAAGUACAAGACGAAGUUACGAGCGAUUCCGACGAAGAACUAAUUAAUAGAAUACAACGUUUAUCUAAAAAAUCUGCUGCGAAUGUUACACUUAAUGCCGAUGGAAAAGAACGCGAUCAUACAGAAAAUCGUAGCGAAUCAUCGUUUACAGAAAAAAGAAGCGAGAAAAUAACGAACACUAUGGAAGUCGGUGAGAAGAAUUUAAAAAACGUAGAGGACAAAGGUUUGAGCGAUUCUAGCGACGAAGAACUAAUUAAUAGAAUACAACGUUUAUCUCAAAAAUCUGCUGUGAAUGUUACACUUAAUGCCGAUGGAAAAGAACGCGAUCAUACAGAAAAUCGUAGCGAAUCAUCGUUUACAGAAAAAAGAAGCGAGAAAAUAACGAACACUAUGGAAGUCGGUGAGAAGAACUUAGAAAACAUAGACAAUGGUUUGAGCGAUUCUAGCGAUGAAGAACUUGUACGUAAUGAACCACGUUUAUCUCAAAGGAAAUUGAGUUUUGAUGGGAAGGAAUGCGAGCGCACAGAGAAUCGUAUUAGGGUGUCGCUUGGAACUAGUAAUUUAGUGCCAUUGGUGAAACUUACACGAAUGAAUAUAAUGUUUCCAAGCGUUGAAAAUAAAGAUGAAAGAGAAACGAAGAAGAAAGAAUUAAUUGGUAUCGGUCAGAAAGCAAUUUCAGACAAAUUACAAUACUCCGAUAAAGAAAAUAAGAAUAUAUCACAGAGCCCUGCUGCAAACGCGUCGUAUAACAAUAGUAGGCGCAAACGCGGUACUGGAGAAAAUCGUAGUAGGUCGUUAUUUAGAACUAGUAAUCUAAUUUCAUCCGCGAAAAGUUUUGAAAACACAGACGCAAAUAGCUUGAACGUCAAUGAUAAGAGCGAAAGGGAAGUACAAGACGAAGAAUCAAUUGUAAAUAGCGUACAACGUUCAUCCAAGAGGUCUGCUACCGGCGUCUCAUCCAAUUUUAAUAGAAACGGACGUAGCGAUAUAGAGAAUCAUCAUGGUAGAAUAUCGUCUAGAGCGAGCAAUCCAGCGUCGACGGAAAUCGUUGCGGACGUAAAUUCGAAUAAUCCAAACAUGGAUGGUAAAAAUUUAAUGGAAACGGAAGAUGAAGUAGCAAAUAAGUCAGAAAAUGUCUCUAAGAAGCAAGGGAAUAUAUCUCCGAAAAAGAGUAACGUUAAUGUUUUGUCUGCGUUUAAUAGAAAAACAGGCAACGAAAGUACUUCAAACGUAGGCGACAUAAACGCUAGAGAGGCAGAAGACGGGAUCUCAGACGAUUCCGCUAACGAAGAAACUUCAAACCGAUUGCAACGUGUGGAUAAUAAUAGAAGCACGUUUCAAGAAUUAUUCGAAUCAUUCUUUCCAUCCGCCCGUAAGCCGAAGAGACAGACGAGCAUACGGUCAUUUUUCAAUUUGGAUGAACCUGCGAAGCUGACGGCUACGGAGAAAAAGAAGACUAAAAAAAUUCAAAUGGAACUGAACAAGGUGAAGCAACAAGAAAUGAAUUGCAUGAACGCGAACGUACAGCAACAGAGAACACAGCCGUCGUCUACGGUAAAAGCGAAUAUAAACGAAAGAAGGAAGCUUAUGCCGAAAUUAAAGAAGAAGCCAAUUGUUCCCGAACAAGUACACAAAGCCUACUUGGUGAAUGGUCAAGUGUAUAAGGUGCCUCGACUUCCUCGUCCUAAAGCAUGGGUUACGGAUCGUUUGUACAAUUAUUUAUGGAAACUCCUGGAACCUAAAUAUAAAUUUGAAACUAGAGUAAUUUCCGAAAAGUUUAUACGUCGCGUAUCGACAGUAACAACCUCUAUCGCUAAACAAAAGUCGUAUCGGAAUUACGAGGGCGAGUUGUACGCGUUAAUGAAAGAAAUGGCGCGCCUGGGUAUCGUUCGAACGCGCAAUGACUUUUAUAAUUUCUGUCACGAUUUCUUUCCGUACGAACUUCGCGCGAAAAUGGUGCCGAUGUUACUGCCAGGUAACAAAAGAAAUAUACCUUACGAUCCAAGAAUGUUAUAUAAACCGAUUCUCGGUUCGUGAAGCACUCGUUUUUUUCAAUACAUUUCGUUAAAUAUCGUUACCUUGUAUUUUUUUAUAUCGAAUACACGAAUCUCUCGAAUAAACACGCGUAGAAAGUA